ACGGUCAGCUGCGCGAGCGUCGCGUUCUCGAAGCGCGUCAUCACGACGCUCGCGGACCGCGCGUACUCCGUCUACGCCAUCGACGUCGAUGGCGAUGGCGAAGUUGAUGUGCUGUCUGUGUCCUACGACGACGACACGGUCGCGUGGUACGAGAACGACGGCUCGCAGUCGUUCGCCGAGCGCAUCAUCACGACGCUCGUGGACGCCGCCUACUCUGUCUUCGCCAUCGACGUCGACGGCGACGGCGACGUCGACGCGCUGUCCGCGUCCUCUGAAGACGACACGGUCGCGUGGUACGAGAACGACGGGUCCCAGUCCUUCGCGGAGCGCGUCAUCACGACGCUGGCGGACAGAGCCCGUGACGUCUUCGCCAUCGACGUCGACUUCGACGGCGACGUCGACGCGCUCUCGGCGUCCCAAAACGAUGACACGGUCGCGUGGUACGAGAACGACGGUUUCCAGUCUUUCACCGAGCGCAUCAUCACGACGCUGGCGGACGAGGCCUUCUCCGUCUUCGCCAUCGACGUCGACGGCGACGGCGACGUCGACGCGCUCUCGGCGUCCUGGGGCGACGACACGGUCGCGUGGUACGAGAACGGCGGGUCCCAGUCCUUCGUCGAGCGCGUCAUCACCGGCUCGGCGGACGGCAGCGGGUCCGUCUUCGCGAUCGACGUCGACGGCGACGGUGACGUCGACGCGCUCUCGGCUUCCUCCAUCGAUGACACGGUCGCGUGGUACGAGAACGACGGCUCCCAGUCCUUCACGGAGCGCAUCAUCACGACGCUGGCGAAUGGCGCCCGCUCCGUCUUCGCGAUCGACGUCGACGGCGACGGCAACGUCGACGCGCUGUCGACGUCCUUCUACGACGACACGGUCGCGUGGUACGAGAACGACGGGUCCCAGUCCUUCGCGGAGCGCUUCAUCACGGCGCUAGCGGACGGCGCCCGCUCCGUCUACGCGAUCGACGUCGACGGCGACGGCGACGUCGACGCGCUGUCGGCGUCCCAAAACGAUGACACGGUCGCCUGGUACGAGAACGACGGCUCCGAGUCCUUCACGGAGCGCAUCGUCACGACGCUCGCGGACGGCGCGUUCUCCGUCGUCGCGAUCGACGUCGACGGCGACGGCGACGUUGACGCGCUCUCGGCCUCCGACAAUGACGACACGGUCGCGUGGUACGAGAACGACUGCGCGACGGCACCGCCGUCCGCGACGCCGUCCGCGAGCUCCGCGCCGUCUCCUGCCCCGACGCCGCGGCCGACGGUCAGCUGCGCGAGCGUCGCGUUCUCGAAGCGCGUCAUCACGACGCUCGCGGACCGCGCGUACUCCGUCUACGCCAUCGAC